AUGGGGCAGGCAGGGAGAGGUAUGGGGCAGGCAGGGAGAGGUAUGGGGCAGGCAGGGAGAGGUAUGGGGCAGGCAGGGAGAGGUAUGGGGCAGGCAGGGAGAGGUAUGGGGCAGGCAGGGAGAGUAUGGGCAGGCAGGAGAGGUAUGGGGCAGGCAGGGAGAGGUAUGGGGCAGGCAGCGAGAGGUAUGGGGCAGGCAGCGAGAGGUAUGGGGCAGGCAGGGAGAGGUAUGGGGCAGGCAGGGAGAGGUAUGGGGCAGGCAGGGAGAGGUAUGGGGCAGGCAGGGAGAGGUAUGGGGCAGGCAGGGAGAGGUAUGGGGCAGGCAGGGAGAGGUAUGGGGCAGGCAGGGAGAGGUAUGGGGCAGGCAGGGAGAGGUAUGGGGCAGGCAGGGAGGUAUGGAGGCAGGAACGGAGCCGCGUCAUCUCAACGGUUGCUUGCAGGCCGUGAUGGCACAUGCCGCUGCGCGAUGGCAUCUGAUGCGCACUCGGCAUGA